GGUGCCGCCGCGGGCUCCCCCGCCUCUCGGAACAGUAUGAAAGGCGCGUCCCGGCUAAAGUCCCGGCAGAGCCCGAGCAGCGGCCCAGCGAACAGAGGAGCCCUACGAGCCAGCAAGUCCCACCGGAGCCCUCUCACUGCUCCCCGCCGCUGCCACCGCCGCCCGAGCCGCGCAAGACAUGAGCCAGGCCCGCUGGACCGGGAAGAGAACAGACAUGCUGCCGGAGAUCGCCGCCGCCGUGGGCUUCCUCUCCAGCCUCCUGAGGACUCGGGGCUGCGUGAGCGAGCAGAGACUAAAGGUUUUCAGCGGGGCUCUCCAGGAGGCACUAACCGAGCACUACAAACACCACUGGUUUCCUGAAAAGCCGUCCAAGGGCUCAGGCUACCGCUGCAUCCGCAUCAACCACAAGAUGGACCCCAUCAUCAGCAAGGUGGCCAGCCAGAUCGGACUCAGCCAGCCCCAGCUGCGCCAGCUGCUGCCCAGCGAGCUGACCCUGUGGGUGGACCCUUACGAAGUGUCCUACCGCAUCGGGGAGGAUGGCUCCAUCUGCGUCCUGUAUGAGGAGGCCCCGGUGGCUGCCUCCUAUGGGCUCCUCACCUGCAAGAACCAAAUGAUGCUGGGCCGGAGCAGCCCCUCGAAGAACUACGUGAUGGCGGUCUCCAGUUAGAUCCCCCGCCACCCUCACCAGGCACUCUACUGUACUCAUUCUGCCGUGACAACAGGCCACUGCAUACCUCAACCUGGGGAACUGUAUUUUAAAUGAAGAGGGUUUUUUUUUUUUUUUUUUUUUUUUUUAAGAAAAGGGGAGAAAAAAAACCAAAAGAUUUUUUUAAAGAAAAAUCCUUAAAGGGAGCUGCUUGGAAGUGGCCUCCCCAGGUGCCUUUGGAGAGAACUGUCGUGCGCUUGAGUCUGGGAGCUGGUGCCUGCCUCACAGGAGUGGGGAGUAGUAAGGGGGCAGGCCUGGCAGGGGCGAGGUGGGGAAAGCUUGGCUGGCCCCCCAGGAAGAUGUGAGAGGGAGCAAGCAAGGUUAGCAACUGUGAAUGAGAGCGGUCAGGAUCUGCUGUGCGGCGGAGAGAAGAGAGGCCAAGUUCAGACCUCUCGCUCUCCAGAGCAGGACACCUGCAUCCAUGGCUCCUCUCCUCCUCAGGGGCAUUCAAGCCUGGACUUCAGUGAUGCUAUGUUGCCUCAUCUUCUAUUUUUCUGGUGAGAUCCAGGGCAGAGAGUGAAAAGGCCUCUCCCAGUUGCUUCUGUCCUAAGUGGCUUUUCUUGAAAUCAUGACUUGUUUCUGAUUCUGUGCUCAGGGGCCUGUAGAUGUUGCUUCCCAGGCAGGAAACAAAAGCUUUUUGUUUUGUGGGGGGUCGGGGGAGUAAGGCAGGAGUUAGAGGUUAUUGGGGUUGGGACGGAAGGGUACUCUGCACAAAACCUUUGCUGUGUGCUGCUCUUCAUGUCAGUGUGUGUGGUGAAUAACUUGGGGUGAUUUGCAAUGGAAUUUUGGGACCCAAAGAGUAUCCACUUGGGGAUAUUUGUUUUUGGCCAAAACCUUCUUUUUGGAACCACAUGAAGUCCUGAUGCUGCUGCCAUUAUACCUUCAGGAGUUGGCUCAAAAGCUACAGGGAACUCCAGGUUCUUUAUUACUGCCUUCUUUUUCAAAGCACAACACUCCUCCCUGACUCUCCCACACCUGUCCCCUUCGGGUUGGGUCAUAGAGCCACCCAGUUUUCCAGAACAGGAGCUCUCACUCACUGUGCAAUAUGGCCUCCUGGGUCCCAGGAGAGUCUGAAGGAGAACUGGCUCUCAGAACCUCCUGGUGCCCUGGAGGGCUUAGGGAAUUCUCCCUCCAUCCUCGGGACUCUGGCUGGCUGGUCAGCCUUGCCAGGUAUUCCUUGGCUGAAUGGGAGAAUGCCCCAAGUUCUGCAGGACUACUUGGUAUUCUUGUAGGGCUGACACUAAAAGCCACAAUCCUGGGCAUUGUUUUUGUUUUUGUUUUUGUUUCCUCCCUGGUGCUCAGAGCACCUGUGGGGAAGUUGCUGUCUCAGUACAAUCCAAGUUUGUCUGUAGACUUGUGCAAUAUUUACUGUUCUGGGUUGGAGCCCGUGGAAAUCCAUACUGGGAAGAAAUCCCCUUUCCUUCGGUUUUUCAGUGACAUUAGUGAGGGGUCCCUCAGAAGGCCUUGAGUUUCCCAACCCCGAGUCACUUUAGAAGGACAUAGCUAGAGCAUCUGGUCAACUUGGCUCCCCUCCUGUCCAGCGUAGUAAGAAACCUCCCCCCCCCCCCCGCCUCCGCGAGGGUUCCUGCUCCACUGCCAGUCCCCUUCCCUGGAUUCCUGAACUACUCCGUUUUGACACAAAGGUGCUAUUUAUCAAACACUCUCCCCCCCUACCGAUUCCUGCCAGUUCUGCCCCCUUUUCAACUCUAGACUCCAAGCUGCCUUCCCAGACCCUGCUUCCAGCCUUUCUUGCUUUAAAGGUAACUUCAGGCCCACAGACCCAAGAGCUCCUUUUCUGGCCUGUGGGUGGAAACAAAGCUGUGAAUCCCCACAGAUUGUGGUGGUGCAUCUUGUCUGCAAACGGGUCCCUGCCUUUUUAGAAGCAGCCUCACGGUCUCGUGCUUGAUCUUCUCUUGUUUUUUUGAUGUUCACUUUAAAAGACAGCAAAACACCCAGAGCUGGACUGUUGAGCAGGUCUGUUUCUCCUAUUAAGUAAAAAUAAUAGUCCUAUGUUUGUAAGCUAUUCUGACAGAAAAGACAAAGGUUACUAAUUGUAUAAUAGUGUUUUUAUAUGGAAGAAUGUACAGCUUUAUGGACAAAUGUACGCUUUUUUUGUUACUUUAAUAAAAAUGUAGCAGAUGAA